AUGUCCACCUACCCUGAAGAACGCGUGCUUAAGCCCCUCGAUCCGGUACCCGAUGAUGUGAAUGACUGGCCGGAUUUCGCGCUGCGAGAAGCCAAGAUCUUCCAUCAGGGCAAAGGCAGAUAUGCGGAGCUGCUGCAGGCUUCCGAGGAGACACCGUUAUGCGUCCUGGGCGAAUUGAUGCCUUUGGACGAUGAGCAGGAACACCUAGCAUUAAUUAACGACCCGCUCUAUGUACGAAUAAAGAUUGAAAAUGUUACCCAUUACAGUUUUGGUCAAGACGAUGACGGAAAACCGGUGAUCUGGGCUGCUGGAAAAGCCGGAUGGUACGAGAUUUCGCCCUCAGAUCGCUAUCUGAACCAUUACAAUGAUACAGUGGAGGCGAUCGACUUGUUUUAUUUCAUGGUCGACAAGCAGCAGAAGCUGCCACGGAAACGACAAAAGUUCGGGUUCAUGGUUGACCCCUUCCUGACGGAUUAUCAAAAACACACCGGGUAUAGAAUUGACGAUGACGACGAAGCCAUGGAAACGAUCCACAAGCACCACAAUUUUCUUCUGAAGCAGAUGAUUGAGGAACGAGAAGGCAUUGACUGGUCGCAGACACAUUUAUGGAAGCACCUAGCUGAGACAUAUGCGGACGAGGUGGCAGAGCUGAAGGCAAAGCUGGCUCAAGCGAACCAGGCCAAUGGGGCGGACGAAACUGAGUCCGUCGAAGAGGAGGAAGAAGAAGCACAGGAAGAUUCAGGGGAACCACAAGAAGAUGGCAGCCGUAUCAACGAGUCCGAUAGAGGAUCUCAAGGCCCUUCAGAAGGUGCUUCAAGUUCCGAGUCCGUUCCAGAACUGGAGCCCAUUGACUGGACCAAAACGAUUUGGGAUCUGCUCAAUGUUCUUCGCAAAUCGGCCAACUUCAACAUGCGUCAUUGUGGUAUUGACGAGGCGGCUACUGAACUACAGAAACUGCCUUCAUUCGAGGGGAGUCACGAGGAUGCAAUUGCCGCGUUAGAGCGCUCAGCCGAACCCUUACUCAGAUUGAUGAAUGAGGCUAAACUCCGGAAGAAGUUUAAUUGGUCUACCCGGAGAAUAUAUGAUGAGUUGGAAGCCACCCUGGCGGAGGAAGUGGCCGAGGAGGUCAUGAAAACACCUGGCAAACCUGGCAAACAGCGCCAUCGCAUGAAAUCUGUCCUCCGGCCCAGCGGCGCCGGCAAGGCACACAAACGUGCACAAGGUGCGGGAGACUCCCUUGACGAGGACGAGGAAAUGAGCGAUCUCCCCGUCACGACUCCAGUUGCGCGACGGCAGGGCGCACCGCUGCUUAACGGAGUCGUAGAAGCGGACGCUGAAUCGGUGGGAAGCCGUGAGGACAGUCCGAGUCGACAGCUUAAUGGCCACCUCGAUCCCGACCCUGACGCAUUGCCCGAACUGCCGCCCGGCCCAGAAGCACAAGAGAUGCUUGAUCUUGUGACGCAAGAGGCAAAACGCGUUGGAAGACAGCACCAGACAUCACACCUUCAGGCAUUUUUGGGCCAGUGGGUGAUCUGA